ACGUUAGCUAGCUAACUGCCUAACGUAACUCUAGGACGAGGAACAAAUAGCCAAAGCAGUUGCAUUUAGAAAUGUAGCUCUUUAGACAAUGCAUGCUUACCAAAUUAUCUACCAAAACCCCUAAACAUAAUUUUACUUCUCUCAGCUAACGCAGCGUUGGCUGGAACCAACAGGACAUCCUAGCAAAGAUUAUUGGCCAUGUAAACAAGACUUCUUCCUGUUACUAUAUAUUUUCAAAGUAAGCGUAGCGCUUUUUGAAUUUAACAUGUAGCUAGCUAGCUAAUUAACUGUGUCAUGAUGGGUGACAUAUUAUGUUUUAGAAAUGUUUUAAGGUGAAUUAUUUGCUUCUUAGUUAGUAUUUUUGGAUCUUAAGCCGAUUUCCUAUCAGCAGUGGUCUUUUAUUUUGAAGUUAGCAAGCAAAAACCACAAAUGUGAUAACUUCCACUGUAGCUACGCUACAACCAGAGUGAUAGCUAGAGAAAGACACCAUAGACUGUCUAUGGCUACAGCAAGGAACUCAAAAAAACGCGCAAGUGGUAAACAACUUGGCUAUAUAAGGGGAAUGAGAUGAGAAACGAUAGCAGAUAAUAAUAGUCUUUAAUAAUAGGUCUUUAGGGUCCUUUUGGUCUGGUCAGACAACAACCGUAGCUAACGUUAACUAGCAGCUAACGUUGACGUUACCUUGACUUUUUGCAAUGCUUCAGGUGUCACUCUGACUAAAAUAGUUACAACAGUUGUAUCAUCCUCACGGGAAAAUAAACGUGUGACCUUAGUAUGGACAAUAGCGCCAUUUAUGUCCGAGAAAGAGGCAACCUUCGUCGUGUCAGUGACAUAGUCCUGGCACAGCCAAAGCCAGUGUCAUCAUGCAGAAGAGCAAAUCCGUUUGUGCUGAGAAAAGAGAACUUCAUAUUCACCUACAAUGCUGAAGGAAGUCUGAGAUACACCACAAAAUCUCUCUUUGAAAUCACUAUGUUAUUCGUAGCUGACAACAUUCACCAUGUGGACUCUCUGGUGGGCUUCCCUGAGCAAAUCGGAGACAGACUUUUUGCAGCAGCAGAGGAGAAUCGUGUGUUUUUAAACGCAGACAUUUCUCCAAAAGCCCUGCAGUUAUUCAGUGAUGCAUAUGGGGAAAUGGUGCUUGGAUCCCUCUGUCUAAGAAAUAGAUUUCCACUCUUACAUGAGAGAUUGGAUGAAAUAAAGACAUUUCAUAGUUUGAAGUCUCUGGAUCUGUUUGGCUGCAGAUUGGGCGAUGAUCAUGAGAUAUUUCAGCAUCUAACAUCCAGCUCAUUGGCAAGCAGCCUAAUUAAGCUUUUCAUUGGUGGUAACAGUCUGUCAGAUGUCGGCCUACAAAGAUUGACUGCACCCAUCCGGAUGCUGAGGAAGGGACUGGACUGUCUUCAGUUACUUGAUGUUUCCUAUAACCCUAUCUCAGUGAGGGCUCUAAGAUACCUCAUGUGCUUCCCCAAACUUGAAAAUCUUGAUGUAUCUGGGACUAGUUUGAAGCUUGACACAGGAUUGAAGACAACCAUGUGGGACCUAUUGAGGCUCAAUUAUUCUGAGAAACCACUGGACACCUUUGAUCAUGUAAGAUGUAAAACAGAAGGCUGGGCACAGCAGGUUGUAAACCAGUGGGAAACAAAUAGCUCACAAAUGCCAAAACAGAAGAAAAUUGAUGAAUCCAGAGCAUCAGCACUUCGCUUUUUUGGCAGGCAGAAGUUUGUCAGAGAAGUCCUGAAUGCAGCACCCUUGGUAUGUGAGAGCGAGGAAGAGACCAGGAGAGAGAGACUGCAUUUCUUCAGACCUGCAGCAAACAAUCACAUACCAGAGAAACAAACUCCUUCCACAACAAAUAAUCAAGCAAAGCCUGCCUGGAACAAUAUCAAAAAAAGGCAGCGUCAGUCGGAAAGGUGUGACACUUCACAUCAAAGUUCUCCAACAAAACGUUUGUCCUCAUCAGCUCUUACUGCAGAGGACAUGGACUUGUUGAAUAGCUAUUGAGGUAUGUGUCCAUGUAGCAUUCCACAAAUAGCAACUUGAGUAUGUCGGUAAAGCGGUAACAUUAUGGCUCAAAUGAACAAGAAUAUUUCCAAGAUGAUUUACACCGUGGAACUGUAAACACCUUUUCUUGGAUAUAGGUGACGUUUAUAUAAAUAUUUUUUAGAAAUAAAGUUUAGUAUUUUG